CAAGCCAGCCCCCAGUCCUCUAUCACCUCCAACAUCAGUGCAGGUAGCUCCGGUGUGAGUACUAGCCCUCUCAACACCACCACCACCACCACAACACCAUCGCACCACCACCAACACCGCCACCACCUCUCCUCCUCCUCCUCCUCCUCUUCCCUCGACAUUCCCGACCACACUUACGAGAACAUUCCCUUUGACAAGACCCUGAAAACGGACCAUAGAGGGGACCAUAAGACCAUACCUAUGUCCGAACCGCUUGAGACCACAUCCCUAGACCAGACCGAGGCCAUACCAUUCAACCAGACCACAUCUUUAGACCGGAAACCACAUCCUACCACCACCCCCAUCACACAGCACUCCACUAAUAUCCUCAUCCAUUAUCACCACAGUCAACCGCAUAUGUCACCCGCCUCCUCCUCAUCCUCAUCCGGGCCUGUUCCUCUGCCCAGAAGCUCCAUUAUAUCAUCCGUGGUUGGUCAGGAGUCAUCCACACACAUCGUCCAGUCCUACGGCCCGGUUGAAGAGGUCACUGCUGGUCUGCCACACAGUCUACCGAGCAGUCUAGCACAGCCACCUCUCCUCCACCCCUCCUCCUCCUCCUUCUCUUCCUCCUCCGCUCACACUAACUCCUCUCUAACACAACAACAGCCUGUAACUCCUACAAGCUCACCGUCAUCCUCCUCCACCUGUAACUCCACCUCCUUAACUCCACGCCAGCCGCCUGUAACACGCUCAGCCGCCUGCCAGACACUCAGCCGCCAAAGCAAAGCCUCACAGACUAACAGCCGCCAGCCGGAAAAGCCGCAGAAAGACUUACAAGCCAACGAGAGGCAUAUUGGAGAGAGCACUGGCCUGGCCCACUCUGCCGCUCACUGGAAGCUGACUAACUGGGGCCUGCUGGGUGAGGAGGCAGAGUGGGCCAACAGCCAGGAUCACAGAGGGAGCCCAUCAGCUGAUUGUAAGGCACCAGCAGCACUAGGCUUUGAGAGCAGCCCAGUGCUUCCACCCAGCUCUCAGCACACCAGGCCACACAUCCCACCCCCUGUGCCACCCCCACACACCCACAUCCGAGGCUCCGGCACUGGCCUGUUCCGACCCAUCUGUGGCCCUGGGGAGUGGAGGGGGGAGGAGUGUGGCAGUGGUGGCAGUGGCUGUGAAGAAUAAAGAAAAAAAAGCAGAAAAAGAGGAGGAGGAGGCAACUAAGAAAGAAGAGGAGGCAGAGGGAAAGGAGGCUGUGUGUGCAUGUGCUUGAUCAAGACUGUGGCUGGGAUCUUGACACAGACAGACAAACAGCGGGCCUCAAGGGAAGAGAAAACAGCCGGGAAAGAAGAGAAAAGGAGGAAGAGAAAGGAAGGCUCUUCUGCUCCUCUCCCUUCUAGAGCUCCUGUGCUUCCUCUCCCUUCCGGAGCUCGUGUGAUGUGUGUCGACUCUGAUACUAAGAGGAGCAAGAAGAACAGAAGAUGAGGAGGAAGAAGAAGAAUUAUUCAAGCAACAACAAGAAUAGAAGAGUAAGAACUAUAUGAGGAGGAGCAAGAACAAGAAUUAGAACAAGAACGACAGGCAGUCAAGAUUGAUCCAGCUGGUGACUGAAAGAACUGGAAGAACUGGAAGAGCUGCUGACCAACAGUACAGUAGUAGCAUUAUAGAAAAACCAGAUUGGUGAGAGAUUGUUUUUUUGCACUGUCUCCCUGGGUCCUUUGCUCCCUGACGCUCAGCCACGCUGGUCGUAAUUAUAAGACACUUACGCUUCUCACAUCAGCUAUUUAUAAAGGUCAAAGUCGGGUUCAUUCGGGUUCUAAUGAGUGUUUCUUCAGGUUCAUGGUACAGAAGAAGGGUCAAACUACCACCAGGGUCAUAAAACUACUACUGGAAAUGCCCACAACUCCUACGAAAGCCUUGUCAAAGAUGUGUUCUUGGGCGACGAAAUGUCUUAUAAUACAACCCAUAGUCCCAACACCUACUACUUCCUCAUAUGUUACCUAUAGCUAACAUACGAGAGGAAGAGAUAGGUGUUGGGACUAUAACUAACAUAUCAGAGGCAGAGAUAGGUGUUGGGUCUGUGUGGCAGAGCAUUGGGGAGUAAAGGACCUGCAGGAGAUAGCACAAAAACCAUCUUGCCAAUCUGGUUUCACUAUAGUAGAUUGUAUGAGGGCCUCUGCACCAUUCUUCUUCCUUUUUCAUUACUUUUUUUUUCUCCUUGCUACUCUUCCUCUUUUUUUCCAUAUUAAUUCUUAUCUCCAUCAUUCUCCCCUCAACACACACACACACACACAGAAACACACAAGUUUUUCUAGGUUUUAAUCUUUAUUAGUAUAAAUUAUCACAACGCAACAAAUAUAUAUUCAAUCGACUACACACAGCUCUAUACCAUAUAUAUUUCACACACACACACACACACACAGACACAUGCUAUUUAUCUAUAUAUAUAUAUAAAUCUUCUCUCUCUCUCUCUCUCUCAGCCACAGGCAACCACAGGAUGUUAGACAUACCCCACAGACACAUAGCCCCCCCAUCCACAUUAAGGAGUCUCCCCCUACCUCUUAGCCAUCUCCAAUGUUCCUAUUUAUGUUAAUAAAAAUAUCUAAUUACAAAA